UGUUGCCUGCUGCCGUCAAACAUGGGAAAGCCAAGAAAGCAAGAUUUUAAGAGAAAACGACCGCAAAUCGAUCUUGGAUCUCUAUCUAAGAAACAGAGAAAGAUAUAUAGAACUGAGAAAAAAACAAAAUUACAAGGAAAUAGGUCGAACAAAGAUGCUGUUGAAAAGGAUCAUCCACAAAAAGUACCAGAACAGGAUAUUGAGAGUGAAGAAGGCAUUUCCAGCUCCUCCUCAGAAGACGAGGCCAGCCCUUACCAGCAGCUUGUGUCAACACUCAUAACUCCCCGGCCCGCACAUAAUACACACAGGGACUCCGAUGAGUCAGACAGUGAAGAUGAGGAAACAGAAAAUUUGGAAAACAAUCAACAAGAAGCAGACAGAGAACAGAUGUCUGAUGAUGAUGAUGAUGACAAUGAUGAUGACGUUGUUGACAGAAGUGAUGAGGAGGUCGAGAGUGUAAACAGUGACGGUGAAGCAGAAAUGAUAGGUUUAGAUGAUUUGAGUGGUGAUGAUGAUGAUGUAGCAGAAAAUGGUGAAGAAGAAGGCGGGGUUGGUGAGGGAGGAGAAAGCAGUGGGGAGGAGAUGGGGAUGGAGGAGGAGGAGUCCGACCAGGAUGAGGACACUGCACUACACGAUACAGACCCUUUCCUUAAACACUUUGAGAUUGAGCUAGAGGAAAAUGUGGCUGACAAGCUGGGGGCGUGUCCCAAGUGUCAACGUGAACAGGUCCAGAUAGCAGGGGUUGGUCCAGCCCUCCAGCAGUGGCCGUUGCCUGAGCUGAAACCCACUGUCCUUCCAAGGAAGGACAAAAACCUCACUGAUGCGCAUGUGAGACAGUCAUUGUGCUCCAACUUGGCUGAAGCAAACAGAAAAAUGUGUAAUGUUACAUCAGGUGGCCUGUCAUCUUUCCAGAGUGGAAUGUUCUCCAUCAUUAACAACUACCAGGACUUGCUGUACAGUGAUCGCAAUGCAGAGACGGGGGAAAAGAUACGCUUGCUGUACUGCCUGCAUGCCCUCAACCAUGUUCUCAAGACAAGAAAGAGAGUGAUAUCUCACAACACAAAGAUUAAACAGAAAGGCCAGCUUAGUGUUGAUGAGGACUACAGAGACCAGGGUUUAACGCGACCCAAGGUACUGAUGGUGCUUCCAUUUCGGGACUCGGCCAAACGUGUAGUGGAUAUGUUCAUUCAGCUCCUUAACCCCACAGAUCAGGGUUUUGUCUCGAAUAAGAAGCGUUUCCAGUCUGAGUACUCUCUGCCAGCUCAAGAGGAGCCGAAGAAAGGCUACAAGCCACAUGAUUAUGAGACCACAUUUGCUGGGAACAUUGAUGACCAUUUCCGUAUUGGUAUUGGUGUUGCCAAGAAGACCCUGAAGCUCUAUACCAAGUUCUACAUGUCAGAUAUCAUCCUGGCCUCACCCCUGGGCCUCCGCACUCUCAUUGGAGCUGAGGGGGACAAGGAGCGUGACUAUGAUUUCUUGAGCUCCAUUGAGCUGUUGAUCAUUGACCAGGCAGAUGUUCUCAUGAUGCAAAACUGGGACCAUGUGUUGCAUAUCAUGCGUCACCUGCACCUUCAGCCCCUGGAGGCACACGGGGUCGACUUCUCCCGUGUCCGCAUGUGGACACUCAAUGGCUGGGCCCGGUUCUACCGACAGACCCUUGUGUUCUCAGGAGUGCCUGUACCAGAGGUGGCAGCCCUCUUCAACAAACACUGUCACAACAGGAGUGGCAAAUACCAGAUUAUGAGAAAGCCCACCUGUGGCUCCAUCUGCCAGAUUGCGGCACAGCUGCCUCAGGUCUUUCACAGAGUGGAAAGCACUUCCAUUACAAGCGUCCCAGAUGACCGAUUUGACUUCUUUGUUAAAAAGGUAUUCCCGCAGCACUCCAAAUCUGGAGCCUCACAGACCCUCAUCUUUGUACCAUCAUACUUCGACUUUGUCAGACUCAGGAACUACUUCAAGCGAGAAGAGAUCAGCUUUCUUCAGAUUAGCGAGUACUCAAAGGAAAAGACAGUGAAUACAGCCAGGAAUCUGUUCUACCACAGGAGGUUGCCCUAUCUCCUUUACACAGAGAGGUUCCACUUUUAUAAACGAAUGCGCAUUCGAGGCAUACGGCAUCUGAUUUUCUAUGGGCUGCCCCAGUACCCUCACUUCUACAGUGAGAUGUGUAACAUGUUGGGCGAUGUUCGUGGCAAGGCAAGGGCAGACAGUCUCUCUGUUACGAUCGUCUACUCCAAGUUUGAUGCCCAGAGACUGGCUGAAAUAGUUGGCAAUGUGCGUGCUGGACAGAUGAUUAAUUCACAAAAGAGUGUGCACAUGUUUGUGACUGGAGAUUAAUGGAUAUCUGUUAGUGUCAUUAUUUUACCAAUAAAAAACUUAAGAAGCAUGA